GACGUCAGAGGGAAAUUCCGGUGUACGGGACACAAAGUGUGAAGUCACACGUUCGAUUCCGCAGCUCGAGCUUCUCUUCUCUUCAUGUGGAUUAAACGAUGGUUCUACAAAGUGUCGCUGCUGCACGUGACGAAGUGAAGAGACCCCAGUGUUCACCUUAACCAGACACGAUGGCCGGAGACGACCACUACCUUCAUUCUAACAAUCAGAUUUUCGACAACAUGGUUAUGGAUCCAUCGUGGGAGUUUACAAAUUUUCCUGCCAUGUCUCAGACCACGUCUCUGAGGACAGCGGACGGACCCUUCCUGCAGAUCCUGGAGCAGCCGAAGCAGCGAGGCUUCAGGUUCAGAUACGGUUGUGAAGGUCCGUCUCACGGCGGUCUGCCCGGAGCGUCCAGCGAGAAGAACAGGAAGACCUACCCCACCGUCAAGAUCUGUAACUACCAGGGUCCAGCCCGGGUUGUGGUCCAGCUUGUGACGGUGCUGACCCCCCGUCCUCAGCUUCACGCUCACAGUCUGGUGGGAAAACAGUGCGACAAAGGCAUCUGCAUCACGGACCUGCAGCCCAAAGACUCCAGCAUCAGUUUCCCCAACCUGGGGAUUCUCCAUGUGACGAAGAAGAACGUGGCGAGGACUCUGGAGGAGAGGAUGAUCGAGGCGUUCAGGAUGGGAUACAACUGUGGCGUCUCCAUCCACCCAGACAUUGAUGCCCUGCAGGGGGAGGUCCGACUCCCCCGAGACCUCCACGAGCACCAGCGCAGUGUGAUCAGCAGUGCGGCGUCUCUUCAGGCUAAAGAGAUGGACCUUAGUGUGGUGCGGCUCCUGUUCACAGCGUUCCUCCCUGACAGUGACGGAGGUUUCUCCAGACGACUCGAGCCCGUCGUGUCUGAACCGAUCUACGACAGCAAGGCUCCGAACGCCUCCAACCUGAAGAUCGUGAGGAUGGAUCGAACCGCCGGCUGCGUCACGGGGGGGGAGGAGGUUUAUCUGCUUUGCGACAAAGUCCAGAAAGAUGAUAUCCAGGUGAGGUUCUAUGAAGAAGACGACUCGGGGUUGACCUGGGAGGCUCUGGGAGAUUUCUCACCGACAGACGUCCACAGACAGUUCGCCAUCGUCUUCAAGACUCCGAAGUACCGAGACCAGAACCUGCAGAGGCCGACGUCUGUGUUCGUCCAGCUGAAGAGGAAAUCCGACAACGAGAGCAGUGAACCCAAACCCUUCACCUACCACCCCCAGAUCAUCGACAAGGAGGAGGUGCAGAGGAAGAGGCAGAAGACGUUGCCCAACUUUCAGGACUUCAGCGGCCAUGGAGGAGGAGGAGGUCUGUAUAGAGGAGGAGGUCCAGCAGCAGGAGGAGGUCCUGGCUCUGCAGGAGGAGGAGGAGGAGGUUAUUUCCAGGGUUUUACUACCUAUAACUAUGGAGGAGGAGGAGGAGGUGGAGGUGGUUUCUCCACAGGAUACUCAGCUGCUCUGGGAGGAGGAGGAGGAGGCAUCAAACACGCGUCUCAGAGCGACACAGACGACAGCGAUCUCGACGACGAUGACUCAGGGGCCGAGGUGCGAGCUUCAGCCCAGACUGGAGGCACGGAGGUCGGGGAGAGGACUGAGGAGGGAGGGGUCAGUGUGGAGCCAGAACCAGACAGAGGUGAAGUCAACAGCCGACAGUUGCAGGCUCUCUUCCAGUUCUCUGUAACAGGUGACUCAGCUUACCUGCUGGCUCCACAGCGCCCCCUGAUGACUGCACAGGAUGAGGACGGAGACACAGGACUCCAUCUGGCGGUUCUCCACAGCCAGCAGGCGGCGCUGAAGAGUCUGACCCAGGUCGUUUCUGCUCUGCCCGGAGAGGAAGUGCUCAACAUGAGGAACCACCUGUACCAG